GAAAUGACCACCAUGCUUUAUUAUACUCGGUGUAUCGGUAGUAGGCCAGCAGAAACAGAGCUAUUGCUGAUAUGGGCAGCAAUACUCUGUAUUUAUUCGCCAUGAACGUGGGUUCUGUUAAAGGACAAAGGGGCAAGUUCGAAGUCGGACAUGAACAAUUUAGGUCCCAAAACAAGGUCAAAUGGGGAGAGCGAAAUAGAGCGAGUACAACCAGGUCAGAGUAACCGAUGCGCAGACUCCACACCCAUUUUGAAAGGUGUCGAGAUACAGGGGUAUCGAAACCAACAAUCCAGGCCUAGCGCCUGCCUGCAGGAGAGUGCCUCAUUUACGAGUUACACAGCAUUGUCUUCAGCGGGGCGUGCCAAAUGCGGCACUUCACACGAAACCUCCAGCGGCAGGGCCCGUCAAAGGAUGCAAAACGGACCGAAGCCCCGGAAUGGAUGAAUAUUGAACGAUCAAAUGUGAUAUGAACACAACCUGGAAUUUCUCGUAUCUGGAGCGCAGCCAAUUGGUCGAAUCUGGUGGUAAAGCUUCG